AUGGAAAGAGGGAGAAUGGGGCGGGGUGAUGGAAAGCGGGAGAAUGGGGCGGGGUGUUGGAAAGCGGGAGAAUGGGGCGGGGUGAUGAAAAGUGGGAGAAUGGGGCGGGGUGAUGGAAAGCGGGAGAAUGGGGCGGGCCGCCCCAUUCUCCCGCUUUCCAUCACCCCGCCUCAUUCUCCGGAUUCCCAUCAACCCGCCCCAUUCUCCCGCUUUCUAUCACCCGUCCCCAUUCUCCCUCCUUCCAUCACCCCGCCCCAUUCUCCCGCUUUCCAUCACCCCGCCCCUUUCUACCGCUUUCCAUCACCUCGCCCCAUUCUCCCGCUUUCCAUCACCUCGCCCCAUUCUCCCGCUUUUCAUUACCCCGCCCCAUUUUCCCGCUUCCCAUCAUCUCGCCCCAUUCUCCCGCUUUCCAUCACCCUGCCCAAUUCUCCCUCCUUCCAUCACCCCGCCCCAUUUUCCCGCUUUCCAUCAUCCUGCCCCGUUCUCCCGCUUUCCAUCACCCCGCCCCAUUCUCCCGCUUUCCAUCACCCCGCCCCAAUCUCCCGCUUUCCAUCACCCCGCCCCAUUCUCCCGCUUUCCAUCACCCCGCCCCAUUCUCCUACUUUCCAUCACCCCGCCCCAAACUCCUGCUUUCUAUCACCCUGCCCCAUUCUCCCUCCUUCCAUCACCCCGCCCCAUUCUCCCUCCUUCCAUCACCCCGCCCCAUUCUCCCGCUUUCCAUCACCCCGCCCCAUUCUCCCUCUUUCCAUCACCUCGCCCCAUUCUCCCGCUUUCCAUCACCCCGCCCCAUUCUCCUGCUUUCCAUCACCUCGCUCCAUUCUCUUGCUUUCCAUCACCCCGCCCAGUUCUCCCUCUUUCCAUCACCCCUCCCCAUUCUCCCUCUUUCCAUCACCCCACCCCAUUCACCCUCUUUCCAUCACCCCGCCCCAUUCUCCCUCUUUCCAUCACCCCACCCCAUUCCCCCUCUUUCCAUCACCCCGUCCCAUUCCCCCUCUUUCCAUCACCCCGCCCCAUUCUCCCGCUUUCCAUCACCCCGCCCCAUUCUCCCUGGUUCCAUCACCCCACCCCAUUCUCCCGCUCUCAAUCACCCCGCCCCGUUCUCCCGUUUUCCAUCACCCCUCCCCAUUCUCCCUCUUUCUAUCACCCCGCCCCAUUCUCCCUCUUCCAUCAACCUGCCCCAUUCUCCCGCUUUCCAUCACCCCGCCCCAUUCUCCCACUGUCCAUCAUCCUGCUCCGUUCUCCCGCUUUCCAUCACCCCGCCCAAUUCUCCCUCUUUCCAUCACCCCUCUCCAUUCUCCCUCUAUCCAUCACCCCGCCCCAUUCUCCCGCUUUCUAUCACCUUGCCCCAUUCUCCCUUUUUCCAUUACCCCGCCCCAUUCUUCCGCUUUCCAUCACCCCGCCCCAUUCUCCGGCUUUCCAUCACCCCGCCCCAUUCUCCCGCUUUCCAUCACCCCGCCCCAUUCACCCUCUUUCCAUCACCCCGCCCCAUUCUCCCGCUUUCCAUCACCCGGCCCCAUUCUCCGGUUUCCAUCACCCCGCUCCAUUCUCCCGCUUUCCAUCACCCCGCCCACCAUCACCCCUCCCCAUUCUCCCUCUUUCCAUCACCCCACCCCAUUCACCCUCUUUCCAUCACCCCCCCCCAUUCUCCCUCUUUCCAUGACACCGCCCCAUUCUCCCUGUUUCCAUCACCCCGCCCCAUUCUCCCUGUUUCCAUCACCCCGCCUCAUUCUCACGCUUUCCAUCACCCCGCCCCAUUCUCCUGCUUUCCAUCACCCCGCCCCGUUCUCCCGCUUUCUUUCACCCCGCCCCAUUUUCCCGCUUUCCAUCAUCCCGCCCCGUUCUCCUGCUUUCCAUCACCCCGCCCCGUUCUCCCGCUUUCCAUCACCUCGCCCCGUUCUCCCGCUUUCCAUCACCCCGCCCCGUUCUCCCGCUUUCCAUCACCCCGCCCCAUUCUCCCGCUUUCCAUCACCCCGCCCCAGUCUCCCGCUCUCAAUCACCCCGCCCCAUUCUCCCGUUUUCCAUCACCCCUCCCCAUUCUCCGUCUCUCCAUCACCCCGCCCCAUUCUCCCUCUUUCCAUCACCCCGCCCUGUUCUCCCGCUUUCAAUCACCCCGCCCCAUUCUCCCGCUUUGCAUCACCCCGCCCCAUUCUCCCUCUUUCCCUCACCCCGCCCCAUUCUCAUUCUAUCCAUCACCCCGCCCCAUUCUCCCGCUUUCCAUCACCCUGUCCCAUUCUCCCGCUUUCCAUCACCCCGCCCCAUUCUCCCUCUUUCCAUCACCCCGCCCCACUCUCCCGCCUUCCAUCACCCCGCCCAAUUCUCCCUCUUUCCAUCACCCCGCCCCAUUCUCCCUCUUUCCAUCACCCCGCCCCAUUCUCCCGCUUUCCAUCACCCCGCCCCAUUCUCCCUCUUUCCAUCACCCCGCCCCAUUCUCCCUCUUUCCAUCACCCCGCCCCAUUCUCCCGCUUUCCAUCACCCCGAGCCAUUUUCCCUCUUUCCAUCACCCCGCCCCAUUCUCCCUUUUUCCCUCACCCCGCCCCAUUCUCAUUCUAUCCAUCACCCCGCCCCAUUCUCCCGCUUUCCAUCACCUUGUCCCAUUCUCCCGCUUUCCAUCACCCCGCCCCAUUCUCCCUCUUUCCAUCACCCCGCCCCACUCUCCCGCCUUCCAUCACCCCGCCCAAUUCUCCCUCUUUUCAUCACCCCGCCCCAUUCUCCCUCUUUCCAUCACCCCGCCCCAUUCUCCCGCUUUCCAUCACCCCGCCCCAUUCUCCCUCUUUCCAUCACCCCGCCCCAUUCUCCCUCUUUCCAUCACCCCGCCCCAUUCUCCCGCUUUCCAUCACCCCGCGCCAUUUUCCCUCUUUCCAUCACCCCGUCCCAUUCUCCCGCUUUCCAUCACCCCGCCCCAUUCUCUCGCUUUCCAUCAUCCCGCUCCAUUGUUCUGCUUUCCAUCACCCUGCCCAAUUCUCACUCUUUCCAUCACCCCUCCCCAUUCUCCCUUUUUCCAUCACCCCGCCCCAUUCUCCUGCUUUCCAUCACCCCGCCCCAUUCUCCCUCUUUCCAUCACCCCGCCCCAUUCUCCCUCUUUCCAUCACCCUGCCCCAUUCUCCCGCUUUCCAUCACCCCGUCCCAUUCUACCGCUUUCCGUCACCCCACCCCAUUCUCCCUCUGUCCAUCACCCCGCCCCAUUCUCCCUCUUUCCAUCACCCCGCCCCAUUCUCCCGCUUUCCAUCACCCCACCCCAUUCUCCCUCUUUCCAUCACCCCGCCCCAUUCUCCCUCUUUCCAUCAACCCGCCCCAUUCUCCCGCUUUCCAUCACCCCGCGCCAUUUUCCCUCUUUCCAUCACCCCGCCCCAUUCUCCCGCCCCAUUCUCUCGCUUUCCAUCAUCCCGCUCCAUUGUCCCGCUUUCUAUCACCCCGCCCGAUUCUCACUCUUUCCAUCACCCCUCCCCAUUCUCCCUUUUUCCAUCACCCCGCCCCAUUCUCCUGCUUUCCAUCACCCCGCCCCAUUCUCCCUCUUUCCAUCACCCCGCCCCAUUCUCCCUCUUUCCAUCACCCCGCCCCAUUCUCCCGCUUUCCAUCACCCCGCCCCAUUCUACCGCUUUCCGUCACUCUUGGACUAGGCAAGCUCUUGGACCAGGCAAGCUCCUGGACCAGGCAAGCUCCUGGACCAGGCAAGCUCUUGGACCAGGCAACCUCCUAGAAAAGGCAAGCUCCUGGACCAGGCAAGCUCAUGAACCAGGCACGCUCAUGGACCAGGCAAGCUCCUAG